AACACGAGCUUUUGUUUUGUGCGUUACAUAAUCCCAUUAUGAAAGUUGCUUCAUCCUCGGCUUCUUGUUCCUUACUCUCCUUCCAUCAGCGCACCAGCUCUGCUGGUUGCUAUAGAGUAGCUUUUAGAAGAUCAGUCUUGAUAAGAAAAUCAGUGAGGUCAUCAGCAACAAGCAGCAAAGCCUCUAUUUCGGCUCCUCCGGAAGCGAAACCAGCAGAUAAAAUGGGUGAUGGAAUUGGAAGUGUGAAGCAACAAAUUUCAAGGUUAUUUGAAACGUCUCUUAAAACCACAUUCCCUGAUGAGGCAAACACAGAGCCAAUGGUAGCUAUUUCUACCCAAAAAUUUGCUGACUACCAGUGCAAUAAUGCAAUGAGCUUGUUUUCCAAGAUCAAAGGAAAGUCCACAGACUAUAGAAACCCAAAUUCUGUUGGUCAGGCUAUUGCAAGAAAUCUCCCUCCAUCAGAUAUCAUUGAGUCUACAUCUGUUGCAGGACCAGGUUUUGUGAAUGUAGUUCUGUCAAGCACAUGGGUGGCUCAGUAUAUACAAAGUAUGCUAUUGAAUGGUAUUGAGACAUGGGCACCACUUUUAUCAGUUAAAAGGGCUGUGGUUGACUUUUCUUCACCUAAUAUUGCAAAAGAAAUGCAUGUUGGCCAUUUAAGGUCAACUAUAAUUGGAGACACUUUAGCUCGAAUGCUGGAAUUCUCUAAAGUUGAUGUUCUACGACGGAACCACGUUGGUGACUGGGGUACACAGGUGCAUACUCUUUGGUGUCUGUUUCUUACUCUUAACUUGUAUUUGAACAAUAGCUGGAUUUUAGUGACUAUAAUUUGAGUAUUAGUGCUUAUUCUCUUAAACAU